UGAGCGGCAGCACUGCACCUCCAACACUGUUUCCACCUCUGAGCAAAUCUCUGCCUAUCGUCUCUACUUUGCCACUGAACGCACACUCGUUCUCAUCGGUACAUGCAACUGAUACAACUCUCAACACGCGACAAGACCCAGGAACUCUCUGUCUCACGCGCGGCGACCAUCUCACAUUCUUUCCGCGAGGUGCGACUCUUCUUCCCUUCUCAUGCUCCGCGGUGAUCUCCGGUGCUUUCUUUCGGCUGUUUAGAAAAGUUUCGGUUAGGGGGGGAUAAAAGGACAGCUCAAACCUUCCAAAGGAUUUUUUAAACAACGUGGAGGACCAUUGAAGAUGAGCCAUUAGUGAUAGCGAUCCAAACUCCUUGCAGCGAACCUGAUUCCAAGAGAGAGUUGACAACGGAAGAGAUUGCACCAUUCUGCCCAUACCCUUUACCCCGUCUCUCUUCUCUCCACCCCUUCCCCACACCCCCCUGCUCUCACCCCUUACCCCACCUAAGCCCAACCCCAGCCCAAUCACCAAAAUGGACUUGCACCGGGCGGCUUUUAAAAUGGAGAGCUCCUCCUAUCUGCCCAACCCAUUAGCAUCCCCAGCGCUAAUGGUGCUAGCAUCGACGGCGGAGGCCAGCCGUGAUGCCUCCAUCCCCUGCCAGCAGCCUCGCCCAUUUGGCGUGCCAGUGUCCGUGGAGAAGGACGUUCACCUCCCCUUCAACAACGGUUCCUACACCUUCGCCUCCAUGUACCACCGACAGGGCGCUGUACCGCCAGGCUUCCCCAACAGGGAAUUCCCUCCAUCUCUCCUCCACCUCCACCACCAGUUUGCCCCACCCAAUCUAGACUGUUCCCCAAUAAGCAUGCUCAACCACAGUGGCGUCGGGGCCUUCCGACCCUUCGCCUCUCCUGAGGAUCGUGAUGGAGCUGGAGGGGGAUACCAGUCUGCCUUCACCCCUGCCAAGCGACUGAAGGGCUGCCUGGAGGCUGAUGCCUCUCCGCACCUGCGCUACUCAGACGCAGAAGGGAAAGAGUAUGACUUUGGCGGGGCUCAUAUUCCCUCCAGUUCACCUAGUGCUCUCAAAGCUGUAGAAGAUGCUGGGAAGAAGAUCUUUGCAGUGUCCGGCCUGCUGUCAGACCGGGAGACCUCAUCCAGCCCAGAGGAUCGCAUUGAGCGCUGUAAGAAGAAGGUUUCACUCUAUGACAGUCAGGCACCAAUCUGCCCCAUCUGUCAGAUGUUGCUGCGUCCAGGAGAACUGCAAGAGCACAUGGAGCAGGAGAUGGAAAGGCUCACCCACAUGCACAUCAGCAAAAACCCAUCACACAAAGACAUCAAUGCAGCUCCAGGCACACCAAAGUCUCUCCUGUUGUCAGUGCACAUCAAACGUGAGGGCGAGUCUCCAGUUGUGUCCCCCCUCUCCUCUGAUGAAGCUCACCAUUCUGACAGAUACCAGACGUUUUUACGAGUGCGGGCAAACAGACAAACACGAUUGAAUGUCGAUGACCUUUGCUGGUGCAGGCGCUACACCAAGGAAAGUUUCAAAAGUCCCCCAAUCCCAGUGCCCAGAGGAGUGCCCCUAGCCCCUUGCUGCCUGCGGCAUGCUCGGAUUGGGAAGAUGAAGCGCCGAAAGCCUGAAGAUGGGCAGGUAUGUCCAUUGUGCAACGCCCCGCUGACAGGGACUGAGGAGGAAAUGAGUAGGCAUGUGGAACAAUGUCUAUUCAAGAGGGAAAGUGGAAUAGAAGAGGAUUCCGCGGAUGUUGAAGGAGAGAACGGAACGCGCUUUGAAGAGUACGAGUGGUGUGGACAGAAGAGGGUCAGAGCCACCACUUUACUGGAAGGUGGCUUCAGAGGAACAGGCUUUGCCAUGUGUAACACGAAGGAGAGCCACGACAGUGAUGCUGACCUGGAUGUGGAUGGAGAUGACACAUUGGAGUAUGGCAAAGCCCAGUACACUGAAGCAGACAUCAUUCCUUGCUCUGGAGAGGACCAGGGAGAAGCCAAAGAGCGUGAGGCAUUGCGUGGAGCCGUUUUGAAUGGUGGCAUACCAUCCAAUAGAAUAACACCUGAAUUCUCCAAAUGGGCCAAUGAUGAAAUGCCCUCUACCAGUAAUGGUGAAAGUAGCAAACAGGAGCCCAGCUCUUCCUUUUCGUCCUCCACACCCAGGACCUGUAAAAACAGCGAGAUCGAGAAGAUAACAGAGGACUCCACAGUGACCACGCUGGAGGCGCUAAAGGCCCGUAUCCGAGAACUGGAGAAGCAGAUCCUCAGAGGCGACCGAUACAAGUGUCUCAUCUGCAUGCGGAAGCCAUCACAAACAGGGGCUGACGGCAAGAAUCAGGUGACUGAGAGGCGCGGGAGUGCAGAGGCCCUGCAGCUCGGUGUGUACUGUUUAUACAGAGGCUACGUAGCAGCGGGCAAUAGUAGGAUUAAGAAGCUGCUGCCCCUACAGAGGGACUCAUAUACGAUGCCUCUCACCUCCAUCCAGUGUUGGCAUGUUCACUGUGAAGAAUGCUGGCUUAGGACUCUGGGAAACAAGAAACUGUGCCCUCAAUGCAACACCAUCACAUCACCAGGGGACCUCAGGCGUGUCUACUUAUGAACAAAACAACAUGGAUUCUAUUUUUUUGUUUGUUUUUUUUACAUUUCAAUUUGCGCUAGUGUAUUUUGGUUUCCCCACCUCCUAAAAGGGUGAUGUUUUGUCCAGCUGACUGAUCAUAAGAGGCAUGAGCUCUCUGACUCAAAUUUGACUCUAUAUGGGGACUUUAUCAAGCAUAGGACUCAUGAGGACUGUGUAAUCUCAGUCCUCUGCUAUAAUUGCUUGUGUGAAAAGCCCCACCUCCCUCCUGAGGCAGGUGUGUGUGAUACUGCCCUCUUGUGUCGGUCCAUGGUCCAUCCUCUAAAAUGCUAACAUGGUCCCUGGAACACCUUCUACUGAAGGAAACCUACAUUGCAUAGGCUUUUCGUCUCCCACUCUCUCUCCCUUUGUCCCUGGAACACCUUCUACUGAAGGAAACCUACAUUGCAUAGGCUUUUUGUCUCCCACUCUCUCUCCCUUUGGCAACUUCUUCACCAAAUCUGCUGAGGUCAUUCCCGAUUGGAACAUCAGAGAGUAAUGAUAGUAAGGGGCUCGUGUGGUCUCAGUCAGACUGACCACUCGAGGCUCUCCAGAACGCCUUGAUCUUUAUUUUCCGUUGUGUUCUAUUUUCACCCCAAAUCAUUACUACUUUUGUGGUGUUCUAGUGAUGUCAACCAAAUUCAAUGAAUCAGUGCAAGCACAUGUAUAAUAGUCUCUGUAUGUUUAUAGUGUUGUGAGUAAAUGAUAUAGAGAACAAAACACCGUUGUAUACACAUGCACACACAUACACAGAAUUAUAUAUUGAUUAAAAAGUUCAGUUUUAGUUGGGGGUGGUUUGGGUCGGGAGGGAGGGGUAUGUUUCAAUCUUGGUGAGAAAAAAAGAAAACCCUCUGUAUUUUUAAACAGAUGUUGUUGUCUUUAAGUUGUAUUUCAUUGUACAGGAAGAAAUGUAAGUAAUAAUAAUAAUGAUAAUAAAAAAAAACUACACAAAAUAGGACUUAAAAGAUUAAGGUGUACAUUUUUCAUGGAAAUAUACAGUAAAAACUGUAGAUUAAACCCUAAUGCAAGGGACAAAAUCUUGUUUUCUUUGCUUUUUCUAAGAAAUGGUGUGAUUUGCUGUAGCUCACUCAUUUUUCAGAUGGACAUAUUUUGUCCCUAACAAUAAUAUUGUUUCCACCCAGCUUGCAGAAUGUGGUCAGCCUGUUAGGAUUCAAAUGAUUGCUUAAUCAUUCCAUUGAACAUAUUAAGACCCCCAAACAGUUGCAUAUAAGCAGCUUCUUCCCUUUGAAAUUGACUUUUUUUAUGAAAAUGUCAACAAAUUGGGGUGGUCUCAUUGACAAUUUUUGUUUGGAUUUCCUCAUAGACGUGAAGAAAAUGGUUAUCAUGAUUAUUUUCAUCUUCCAUCAGAAUUAAUUACUUAACUGGAACAGUCAAGACUCACGUUUUCCCUCUGAGCGAGACGGUGCGUUUAUAUUUGUACAUCUAUGUAUUCUGUGAUUUCUGUAUUGAUGUAAGUGCAAAAAAGGAAAAACGAAAGGUCAUUGCUGAUGCCAACACCACAAUAAACGAUCAAAUGUUGCAUUUGUUAUAAAUUAUUUUACUGUUCUAUGAAUCCUCAUCACAAGCUGGGACAUACUCUCCUCAAGAUCAACAAGUCAAAUGGUUUUUGUCAUUCAUUUUCACCAAGUAACCAAACCUCAGUCUUUACACUUUUAAUUUGAAUUGCUGUUCAGACACAGCAUAACUCUUCAAAGACAGGUUUCUCUGCAACUUUAUGAUGUAAAAUACAGGUAGUAAAUAUAAAGAUUAUGAUGCUGUCCUUUGAUAACCGUUCGCUCCUGCCCCAAAGAGAACAAAUUACAAAAGGUGAUUGUUUGAUAUGAUUUGUGUCCUUGUAUAUUCUUGAAAAUGGUACGUGUCUUUCCCGUUUGUAAGCAUUGACAUCAAU